CUUUGAGGUCUCUGAAAUGGAAUCAGUCUGCUAUCCAGAGACGAUCUCCAACUACGAGACAGGCUGUGAUCCGGCGCCAGGCUGUGACCGAGAGGCGCACUGUGAGCAAGGGCCGUGCCGUGACCCAGGGUCAUACUGCGAUCAGGGGCCAUUCUGUGACCCCGAGUCGAUCUGUUACUGCGGAAAGGAAGUAUUUUAUGAGCAGUGUCAGGUGCAGUUCUCCACCCAGACGCCACGCUACGACCAGGAGUCCAUCUGCGAGCAGGAACCAGACGAAGACCUGCACCAGGAGCCGCUCUACGAGCAGGAGCAGGAGCCGCUCUACGCGCAGGAACCAAACGAUGAACUGGAGCAGCGCAACGACCAGGAGCCAAUCUGCGAGGAGGAGGAGGAGGAGCAGGAGGAUGAGGAGGCAUUCGACGAACUGCCAUCCUAUAUCCACGAACUGAUUUAUGCCCAGGAGCCAGAAGCUGUUGUGGAGCAGCCGCCAAUCCAUGAUGACCCAUCGCCAGGGUCGUCCAACGGCCAGAGAUCGUCACCCAACGCCAUGCCCGACGAUACCUUUGCCUUUAUGUGGGGCCAGAAUGCCAACGACUGGGAGCUACAGCUCUUCCCAGAGCUGUACGGCCGCAUGCCGACGCUGCCCUCGUAUGCGGACAUCUUCGGUCAGCCCUCGUAUUGCACGGAGUUUGAGGGAUUGGCGGCACCCUGCCAGACGGGUGGCAUACGGAGCACUCCCGAUGGACUGUUCAGCGACAUUCCCGGCUCGAUGAUUCCGGAUCAGUACGGAAUGGUGGGUCUGCUCUCGGCCAUGCGGGCCAGCCACAGCAAUCCGGCGGCCACCCAACUGGUCUUUGGCGAAGAUCUGACCAUGUGCGGCCUGGAUCUGACGGCGCCCGGUGACAUUUAUGUGCACUUCAACGGCCCCUUCACCAACGAGCCGCCGCCGCGCAACGUCCAGGAUAUCGCCUUCGAGAUGAGCAUGCGCCAGAUGCGCGAUGCCAUAGCCAUGUAUCCCUUCUAUCCGCCUGUCUGGGAUCCUUUUGUGCCAGAGACUGGACACUUGGGUAUAGUUUUUGACAAUGAAGAGGGAGAGAAGCAGGAGGAGGAGCAGCAACAGCAGCAGCAGGAAGAUAUAUUCGAAGACGAGCAGGAGGAGGAGCAGCAGCAGAAGCAGCAAGCAGAGAUAUCUGAUGAAGAGCAGCUGCAGCAGGAGGAGACAUCGGGGGAGGAGCUGGAACAGGGCUACGACCAGGAGCCGCCCUACACUUUAAUGCUGGAAUACGAGCAAGAGACCUCAACUGAUUCGGACUCCGAUUCAGAGACAAGCUCUGAGCUGAGCCUAAUCUAAAACAGGAAAAAACAAUCCCUUUGCAAUGUCCACUUUUUGUUUUGCAUUUGAAUACGUAUCUGGGAACGUACAAAUAAAUGAUCGUCUAACACUCA